AUGUCAAAAUCGAAUUUGAGUUUUUUUGACGAAAAACGACGUGUUAGCAAAUUUAAAACUGAUUGGGGAUUUUGGUGGCAAACAGUGUCAGAAGUUCAUAUAGAAGUUAAUAUUCCCUCCAAUACUUCAGCCAAAGAUAUAAAAGUCAAAGUGAAUCCAAAAUUUAUAAGUUGUACUGUUAAAGGAAAUGUAAUUUUUGAGGGAGAACUACCCAGACCUGUAUAUGCUGAUGAACUAAUUUGGACCAUAGAAGAAGGAAAUUUGUGUAUUUUGCUAGCUAAAGCAGAUCAUUGUGUCAAAGAUGAUAUGUGGGAAUCUUUAUUAGCUAAUGGACAAUAUAAACCGGAUCCCUUAACUCUUCACGAAACCAGAAAAAAUUUAGAUCUGGAAAGAUUUCAAAUUGAGAAUCCUGGAUUAGAUUUUAGCGGAGCUAAAUUAUCGAAAAACUACGAUAAACUACCUGGUUGGUCAAAUGAUAGAUUAAUGGAAUUACAAGCCCAAAGUCAAAAUCAAGCAUCAUUUUAA